AACAGUUAUCGCAUACAAGUGUGUGUGUGUUAUAAAAAUAUAACCAAAAAAAAUAAUUUAGUUUUUUUUAAAUACAAAACACACAACACAUACACACAUAUCAUAUCACAUAUCAAAUCAAUAUCAAUGACGUUGAUUACCGCCGCCGCCGCCAACACUGCCGAUAAUAAUCAAUGGCCAGUAGUAGUAAAGGCCGUAAAUAAUAAACAUUUCCGCAAUGAUAGAGUGGUCACUAAUGGUGGUGGUGUGCGAUCCGCCGCCGCCGCCGCCAAUGGCAAGAAUAAAAAAUUGGUUUCGCGGGCGCCGGCGGUGACCAAUGGCUAUGUAAAAAACAAUAAUAAUAAUAAUAAUAAUGUUGUGGUCACUAAUGGCGUAAGCGAUGAUGUUGGUGGUCGCGGUCAUCACUGCCAGCAUCGACCAGCAGCCGACGGUAGUACUAACGAGACUACAACCACCUCAACAACCACUGUAUACGAUGACUGGAAUGCCGAAGUGUUUGACCCGCAACGGCCUUACCUGAACGAACCGUUGGCCUAUCCGUCCUGUAUGACCAUUCAUAUGCCGAUUAACUUGAAGUCAUUGAAAUACUAUCGGCCAGAUCUGCGACAACCGAAACGGAUAAAAAAGUUGUCUAUUAGUGAACGCCUCAAACGGCUGAAGUCGGACAUUGUCGACGGCCAGUUUGAUGACUGCGAUAAUGAUGAUAACAACAACAACGGCGGCGGCAAUUGACGGUUACUUUA